AUGAUAUUCCACAUGUGCAAAUUGUAUAUUGCUGUAGUGAUUUUAUGCACAUUAAGCAUAAUGAAAAUUGAAUCAGCCACAUUUGCAGUACCAAUUGAGUUUGACGAGACAGGACAAAUGUAUGUUAACGUGGACGGAAUGGAUAUUUCACUCAACUCUAAUGGUAUAUUGAAAAUGAAGAACAGACAUUGUACUACAACAAUUUCGUUAGCAUCACCAAGUGAAGUAGAAAUAGCAACUCGAUCUGGAUAUCGUGAAGGUUCUAGCCUAUGUAUGCCAGUGCAAUCAUCGCAAUCUCAGGAAGCAAUUAAUGAAGACGGAAUAACUACAACACGAAUGUAGAAAUCGUUUAUUGUAUACAACGGAAAAGUUGGCUCUUUUUUAUCUCAUCAUCGACUGUGCUUGAUUUUUUGUUAAACUCAUUAGAUUAAAUUAUAAUUCUCAGCAUCA